CUCGUCCCCACAUACACGUUCAAAACCAUGUUCCGUGCUCCCAUCCGCAAGCUUACGACCGCUGCUACCAGGCAGUCACUCAAAAUUGGCUUGAUUCCUGCUGACGGUAUCGGCAAGGAAGUCAUUCCCGCUGCCAGAGCGGCUAUUGUCGCUCUUGGAAAUGAUAUCCCCAAGCCCGAGUUUAUUGACCUCAAUGCUGGAUGGGAGACUUUCACGAGAACUGGCGUUGCUCUCCCGGAAGAGACCGUUCGCGUGUUGAGGGAAGAAUGUGACUGUGCCCUGUUUGGUUCCGUCAGCUCCCCGUCCCGAAAGGUCACCGGCUAUUCCUCACCCAUCGUUGCUCUCCGAAAGGAGCUAGACCUCUAUGCAAACAUCCGGCCCGUCACCUCUGUUGCCCCAGAGGCCGGCCAACAACCUGCUGUUGACCUUAUCGUCGUCCGGGAGAACACUGAAUGCUUGUAUGUCAAGCAAGAACAGCAAACCAUUGGCGAGAACGGCAAGGAAGCUCGUGCGACCCGUCUCAUUACCGAACGCGCCUCGCGACGGAUCGGUCAAAUGGCCUUUGAAUUGGCUGCUGCCCGUCCCCGCAAGCACCUCACCGUCAUCCACAAAUCGAAUGUCCUCUCGAUCACCGAUGGCCUCUUCCGAGAGACCGUCCGCGCCGUCCCCCGUCUCCCUGAAGUCAACGGCAAGUAUGACGACGUGACUAUCAUGGAGCAGCUGGUCGACAGCGCCGUCUACCGCCUCUUCCGUGAACCUGAGGUCUUCGACGUGAUGGUCGCACCCAACCUCUACGGUGACAUUAUCUCCGACGCCGCUGCAGCCCUCGUCGGCUCCCUUGGCCUCAUCCCCUCCGUGAACGCAGGUGACAACUUCGUCAUGGGUGAACCCGUCCACGGUUCCGCACCCGACAUUGAGGGCAAGGGCAUUGCCAACCCCAUCGCCUCCAUCCGCUCUGCCGCUCUCAUGUUGCGCCACCUCGGAUACACCAAGGGUGCUGACCGACUUGACCUUGCUGUUGACCAGGUCAUUAGGGAGGGCAAGUACUUGACUCCCGACCUCAAGGGCAAGAGCACAACCCGGGAGGUUUUGGAUGCUGUCUUGGCUAAGAUCUAG